CUUUACAAAAUGCCCCCCUGGAAAAUCCUGAAUCAACCCCUGGAGUCAAUAAAAAUAAAAAUUUUCGCUUUCGCUCGCUAUGUUUACUUUUUUUAGUGAGGCAGGUAUACGUACCAAGAUUACAAAAAUUCGCUUAUCCUUUAUGAUGGCACAGUCCUUAAAAUGUCUCUUUAGGUCAGUAUGUCUGGCUAUUGAUUGAGCGCGCGCUCACUAAUCAUUUGACUCCACAUAAUUUGCCGGCGCCCCCCCCCCCCCAUGCCGUGACCCACUGUGGCACUGAUGAGAGUCCCGUGUCAAAGGCUGGUGGGAAUUCCCCGAGUUACAAAAGAUAUACGGACAAACAUCACACAAAUUUUUGUACACGUCAUGAUUUAUGCACCACUUAUACCACGUAGAUCUAUACUGCAAGUGGAAAGUAAACAAGUGCAGAUGAUUCCUGAUUAAAACAUCGCCAAUUUCAUCUGACAAUAUUUAAAAGCAGAAUUCUUCCAAUCAUGGCUGACACAUUAAUGGAGACCAUUUCUCAGAGUCUGGAGUGUCCUGUAUGCCUGAGUAUCUUUACUAAUCCCAAGAGCCUGUCUUGUUCUCACACCUACUGCAAGGGCUGCCUGAAGAACCUUUUCGAGUGCAGUGACAAUGACCAGGCCAUCCGUUGUCCUGUAUGCAGAGCAGAGACCCAGGUUCAUAACGGAGAUAUCGGACAACUCCAGACAAAUCAUGGCUUGAAGAAUCUCAUAGACGACCUCAAGAAUCGACUUCCGGUUUGUACGAACUGUAAAUCCGAGGACCAGCCCAAUACUGUUGUCUACUGCCAAGAGUGUGGAAAGUACCUCUGUGUCACAUGUCAGGAUACGCAUUCUCAAUGGGAAGACUUCAUAAGUCAUACAAUCACAUCCGUGAGUGAGAUCUCAUCAGGAAAGAUUACAGAUCGAAGAUACCGGAAGUGCAGAAAACAUCCAAAAGAAUACGAGGAGUGCUUUUGUCGUAGCUGUAGGAGAUUUGCAUGCUUCAGGUGUGUUGUCAUGGAGCAUAAAGACGAAGGACAUAUGAUCACUGGGGGAAAUGAUUAUGAAAGCCAGCACAUGAAGGUCAUCGAGGAUCUCAAAGCAACGGUUGAGAAAAAACGCUCUUGCUUCCAGGAGUAUGUUGAUUUCAUAGAGGAAAAGAAGGAAAUUGUGAGUAAUACCCAAAAGCAGUGCACGGAUGAAAUCAACAAAACGUACGAAGAAAUGGUCUUAAUGCUGCAACAGAAAAGAGGAAUCCUCGUUGCUGAAGUCAAGGAUAAGGCUGACGGCGUAGAGAAAGGACUGGACAAAUUGAAGAAUUCGGCUCAGAAGCACAUCAUUCGUUUGACCACUAUAGGUGAAAUCAUGACCACUAGGACAAAUUUGCCGUUAGACAGGGACACUCUGGCUGCCCAUGACACGCUUUGUGAAGUCUUGGAUGAGGCCUUGAAGAAAAAAGAUCCUGACUACGAGCUCAUCAGAAAAUUAAGCAAAAAAGGAGAAGGCAUAACAUAUGAGAGAAAGAUGGGAAAAGACGAAAUAAAUCUAGGGACGAUCGUUGAUUCAUCACUUGUAAAGAAUGUUGUUGCCUUGCGAAAUAAGAAAAGCAUGGUUGGCAUGGCUAUUUCACUGCUUAUCAUCACAUAUGUAGUCUUUUUAGUAUUGCCUCCUACCUUAGCUUGCAUAGUUCUCUCUAUUCUAUUUACUUUGUAUUGGAAAUGGCAUUAGAAAGAACACUAUCGGGCGAUCGUUAACUCACCAGCACUUGCAUGGAAUGUAGUCUUUCAAAAGAAGAAGUUCGAAUGAUUAACAUAAUUAUAGUCGUUUUCUUGCUUUUCUAUCAUCAUGCCAAAUGGUAUUUGGUUAUUCUACUUUUGCCACAAACCAGUGGCGUACAGAUGGGGAGCGCUUUGGGG